CUUGAGUUAGCAAAAGGAAACGCUUGAUCAACUACACACUUGUAAAAUUAUAUCGAGACUUCAAAAAAUGUUCGCAAAAAUAUACAAAUUAUGUUAAUAUCUUUUGGUAAAUUAAGAUUUCACAACGGUAACAGAAACUUAAAUUUAGAUAUGUUCUUUAAAAAUUUUAAUAUUUUAUCGGUUUUAUUAAUUUUAGGUCAAAUUUUGUUAAUUCAAAUACACAAUAAUAUUGAAAAUGGGAAAAUGAUUUAAAACAAGGGGAAAAAGAGUUUCUCUGCAUCACCUACCAUUGGCAUUAACAUUUAACCAAAGUCAACAGAAAGGCUCAUAAUUUCUGCCUCAUUGUUUUAUGUAUAAGUCAAUAAAGGUCCUUAUCUUCAAGAAAAUGUCUUGUAUUACACAUAUUUGAGUUAGAUUAUCUCUUUUAGGAUUGAACUGAUUAUACUAAACAAAUGAAAACUCUAUCAAACAAGUAAAAUCCCUAAUAAGUGAUCAAUUUCAAAAUUAUUAUACCAGAUAAAUCCAGAAUUUAAUCUUAAUAUAUUAUAUGAUAACCAUACCACAUAGUCAAGCAUCUCUCUUUUAGGUACAAAAUUUGACAUAAGAGAUGAAGCCAAUUAAAGUCUCAAAACUUGACUUAGGAGGAUUGAAUUCUCUUUUGGCUUGAUUAACGGUUAAAAACUACCGCAUGAAUAAUUCCCAAAACCCGAAAUCACGAUGAAGUGGACCCAUAAUGUUAAUCAACAGAUAAUUAAUCACGCCUUCACCAUCGGCUUUAGUCCCUUUAAAUCCCACAACAACUCUAACUUACCACACCAAGCCUCUCCCAACUAAGAAAAAAUGUCAAAUCUUUCAAUCUUUCUUGUAAUUCCCUUCUUCUAUCUUCUAAUAAAUCCGAUUUUGGCUUCUUCUUCACAACUGCAAGACCCUGAGCUCGUUGUACAUGAAGUACACAGGAGUAUCAAUGAGUCUAGGAGGAACUUGGCCUAUUUGUCAUGUGGAACUGGGAACCCCAUUGAUGAUUGCUGGAGAUGUGACCCCAACUGGGAGAAAAACCGUCAAAGGUUGGCUGAUUGUGCCAUUGGAUUUGGAAAGAAUGCUAUUGGUGGAAGGAAUGGCCGGAUUUAUGUUGUCACCGAUGCUGGUGACGAUGACGCGGUGAAUCCCAAGCCGGGAACUAUCAGGCAUGCUGUGAUACAAGAUGAGCCAUUGUGGAUUAUAUUCAACAGAGACAUGGUGAUUCAGCUGAAGCAAGAGCUGGUGAUGAAUUCCUUCAAGACUAUAGAUGGUAGAGGUGCCAGUGUUCACAUUGCUAAUGGGCCAUGCAUAACCAUACAUUAUGCUACCAACAUCAUCAUCCAUGGGAUUCACAUACAUGACUGCAAGCAAGGUGGUAAUGGAAAUAUCAGAAACUCGCCUGAGCACUCUGGGUGGUGGGGUGUAUCCGACGGCGAUGGGGUGUCCAUCUUUGCAAGUCAGCACAUUUGGGUUGACCAUUGUUCCUUGUCGAACUGCCAUGAUGGACUGGUCGAUGCCAUCCAUGGAUCCACUGCCAUCACCAUCUCUAACAACUACAUGACCCAUCAUGAUAAGGUCAUGCUCUUGGGCCACAGUGAUUCGUAUACACAAGACAAGAAUAUGCAGGUUACUAUUGCCUUUAAUCAUUUUGGACAAGGGCUAGUUCAAAGAAUGCCAAGGUGUAGGCAUGGGUUUUUUCAUGUGGUGAACAAUGACUACACUCAAUGGGAAAUGUAUGCCAUAGGUGGAAGUGCGGCUCCUACUAUUUUUAGCCAAGGCAAUCGAUUCUAUGCACCCAACCUGAGAUUUAGGAAAGAGGUGACUAAGCAUGAGCAUGCACCGGAAAGUGAGUGGAGGAAUUGGAAUUGGAGGUCAGAAGGAGACUUGAUGUUGAACGGUGCAUUUUUCCGGCAGACUGGAGCAGGUGCAUCUUCCAGCUACGCCAGGGCUUCCAGCCUCAACGCAAGGCCAGCUUCUCUUGUGGGUUCAAUAACCAUGACUGCUGGUGCACUCAACUGCAGGAGGAACUCUCAGUGCUAAUAUGUUUUAAGUACUUGUAGUUUCUUUAAUCAAAAGGGCGUCAUCCAAGGAUCUUACUUCUGCAUAUAAUCCUUGUUAUGCGUCAAAGAAAGCAAGCGGAAAAGUGUUGCUUUAGAUUUAAGUCUUCAAGUUAGUAUCUGUGUGUGUCGGCAUUCAUGCAUGCUGCAGGCACUCACUUUUGCUGACAAGAAAACAGCUUAAUUAUGGAUUGCAGCCAGCUUUAUUUACUUU